AUGAAGGGCGGACUGAGCCUGGCGGCCGCGGUCCUGCUGGCGCUUGCACUCUCAUCUUCUGGCCAGGAGCAAGUGGAGCCGCCGUCCCAGCUGACCUUUCACAUCGUGGACGAACGCAGCGUGCAAAUGUCCUGGCGGAGGCCGCGCUCGCGCCUGGACGGCUACAGGAUUCUAGUGACCUCAGAAGAAGGUUUCUUCCGUGAGUUUGCCUUGGCGGCGACUGAAACGUCCACCACCGUCUCGGAUCUGAGCCAAGACGUGGAUUACUCUGUCAGCGUCUUUGCCUACUCCGGAUCCGACGAGAGUAUUCCCGUUUCGGGCCAGAUUACUCUGGAGUCCGGGGCGGGAUCACAGAGAAGACCGGACCGGGACGCUGUUCAAUGUUCGCCCGGCGCGGCGGCCGACGUGGUCGUCUUGACGGCCGGCUCGUGGGCCUACGAACGGGCCGCCUGGGAGAGGGUGCGUGGCUUGAUAGCGGCGGUGGCUGGCUCCUUUCCGGUGGGCAGGGACCAAACACGGGUGGGCGUGCUGCAGUACAACGGCGGCGUGCCUGCCGGCUUCCCGCUGGACCGACACCUCAACCCUCGCGCUCUCUUGCGCGCCAUCCACUCAUUAGACGCCACCCGCGGCCACGCCAGGACAGGUGCGGCGCUGGAUUAUUUGUUGGAGCAGACAUUAUCAGAGGGGGCGGGCGGCAGGCCGUCCUUCCCUAAAGUGGCGCUGAUCCUGACGGACGCCGGCGACUGGGACGACUCUACCCGGGCGUCGGCCAGCCGUCUGCAAAGCCGAGGCGUGGAGAUCUUUGUGGCCGGUGUGGGAGGGGUCAACGAGGGCGCCGCCAGGGCGCUGGCCUCAGAGCCUUACUGGAAUCACGUGUUUGACGCGUCCGCCUCCGACGACCUGCGCGCCAUUCAGAAUGACGUGGUCAGUCAGGUGUGCGCCGGUGUGGAAGAUCAGCUGAGUUCACUCGUCAGAGCGGAACAAGCGCCGCCACCGGCGUCCGACCUGCGGGUGACGGAGGUCUCCUCCAAGAGCGUCGGGCUGAGCUGGAGCGCCUCGGCCGGCGAGGUUUCGGGCUACAAGGUGCAGAUGAUCCCUCUGACGCCCGGCGGGAAGCGCCACGAGCUUUACGUGGGCGGCGCGAGAACCUCGGUGGUCGUCCGGGACCUGGACCCCGACACCGAGUACAGGGCGGACCUCUUUGCGCUUAACGGCCUGACGCCCAGUCAGCCCGCCUCCGUCGCGCAAAGGACGCUUCCGGUGACGGUGUCCGUGGAAUGCUCCCUGGGUGUGGACGUCCAAGCCGACGUGGUCCUCCUGGUGGACGGCUCGUACAGCAUCGGCCUGGCCAACUUUGCCAAGGUGCGGGCCUUCCUGGAGGUGCUGGUCAACACCUUCGACAUCGGGCCCGACAAGGUCCGCAUCGGCCUGGUCCAGUACAGCCGCGACCCGCACACCGAGUUCCAGCUGGACGCCCACUCGGACUUGAACGGCGUGCUGAAGGCGCUGCGCUCCUUCCCGUACCGCGGCGGCUCAACUAACACGGGCAAGGCCAUGAGCUACGUGCGGGAUCGCUUCUUCCGGACGGCCCGGCCCAACGUGCCUCGCGUCACCAUCCUCAUCACCGACGGCAAGUCGUCCGACGCCUUCCAAGGGCCGGCCGCCCGGCUGAGGGAGGCCGACGUGGAGAUCUUCGCCGUGGGCGUGAAGGACGCCGUGCGCUCGGAGCUGGAGGCCAUCGCCAACCAGCCGGCCUCCACGCACGUCUACACCGUGGAGGACUUUGACGCCUUCCAGAGGAUUUCCAAGGAGCUGACGCAGUCCAUCUGCCUGAGGAUCGAGCAGGAGCUUCGCAACAUCCAGCUAAAACGUCUAGUCCAGCCCAGAGACCUGUCCUUCUCCGAGGUGACCUCCAGAAGCUUCCGAAGCUCGUGGGAGUUAGACGCCGCCGCCGAGUCCUUCCUGGUGCGCUUCAGGCCCGCAGAGGUUACCGACGCCCACUGGGUGACCGUGUCGGUCCCCGGGGACACGCCCACCGCCGUCCUGCCUCACCUCACGCCGCUCACCCGCUACCAAGUCGACGUUUCGGCCCAGUACGAGCGGGGCGACAGCCUGCCCCUGGUCGGCUUCGAGACCACCCUGGAGGAACGGGGUCCGGUUCGCGCCGCCAGAGUGUCCGAGGAGACCGCGGACAGCUUCCGCGUGUCUUGGCGGCCGGCGCCGGGAGACGUGCUGCGCUAUCGGGUCACCUUCCGACCCGUCGGCGAGGGGGGCGCCGGCUCGGAGGCCUUCACGCGCGGGAAUGAGCCCACGCUGGUCCUAAGGGGGCUCCGGCCACGGACCUCCUACCUGCUGGACAUCAGCGCCGAGUACCGCUCGGGCUACGGGCCGCCACUGCAGACGCAAGGAACUACUAAAGAAGAUGCGGGUCCUCCCCAAAACCUGAAGACCCAGGACGUGACCGAGCGCAGUUUUACGGCGCAGUGGACGGCCGCCCCGGGCAAAGUCAAGGCUUACCACCUCAAGUGGCAGUCGGCGUACUCGGACGAGUCCGGCGAGAAGUUUGUUCGCGGGGACGUCACGGACACGCUGCUGGACGGCCUCAGCCCCGAGACGCUUUACCGGCUCUCGGUGGUGGCCGUCUACGACGGCAAAGAGAGCGAGCCGCUCUCCGGAUACGAAACCACCGACGCGUCGGCCGAGGCUCAACGGCUACGCGUGAGCGAGGAGACGGACCGCACCAUGAAGGUGACGUGGGCGGCGGCGCCCGGCAAAGUCCAGCACUACCGGCUGAAAUACGUCCCCGUCGGCGGCGGCGGCAGGGAGGUGAUCCUCAAGGUCCCGGCGGGGGUGACCUCCAGCGUCCUGAAGAAGCUGCAACCUCUCACCUCCUACGACAUCAGCGUCCAUCCCGUCUACAAACGAGGGGAAGGAAAAGCAAGGCAAGGAGUAGGAACCACACUGUCGCCUUUCAAGGCCCCCAGGAACCUCCAGACCUCAGAGCCCACCAAGACCAGUUUCAGGGUGUCGUGGGAUCCGGCGCCCGGGGAGGUUCGGGGCUACAAGGUGACCUUCCACCCGGCCGACGACCAAGUGGACCUGGCCGAGCUGCUGGUGGGCCCCUUUGACAACACCGUGGUUCUGGAGGAGCUCAGGGCCGGAACCAAAUAUUCCGUGGCCGUUUUUGGGAUGUUCGACGGAGGGGAGAGUUCGCCUCUGGCCGGGGAGGAGAAGACCACGCUGUCCGACGCUCCCGAGACGCCUACGUUCGGCCCUUUCGGCACUCCGUGCAAGACCUCCGCCAAGGCCGACAUCAUACUGCUGGUGGACGGCUCCUGGAGCAUCGGACGGAUGAACUUCAAAACCAUUCGCAACUUCAUCAGCCGCAUGGUCGGCGUCUUCGAUAUCGGGCCGGAUAAGGUCCAGAUCGGUCUGGCUCAAUACAGCGGCGACCCCAAGACCGAGUGGCAUCUCAAUGCUCACCCUGACAGAGCAUCAUUGCUCAACGCCGUCGCCAACUUGCCCUACAAAGGCGGCAACACCAUGACAGGGAUGGCGCUCAACUUCAUCCUGCGCAACAACUUCAAAACCGACGUGGGAAUGCGGCAAGAGGCGCGCAAGAUCGGCAUCCUCAUCACCGACGGAAAGUCUCAGGACGAAAUCAUCACCAACUCGCAGAACCUGAGAGACAGCGGCAUCGAGCUCUACGCUAUCGGCGUGAAGAAUGCGGACGAGAACGAGUUGCGCUCCAUCGCCUCCGACCCUGACGACAUACACAUGUACAACGUCAACGACUUCAAGUUCCUGCUGGACAUCGUGGACGAUCUCACCGGCAACCUAUGCAACAGCGUCAAAGGAUCGAGCGAAGCGCCGGAGGCGCCCAGCAACUUAAUCACCUCCGAGGUGACCCACCGCUCCUUUCGGGCCACCUGGACCGCGCCUCAAACGCCUGCGGAGAAGUUCCAAAUCAUCUACAACAAAGUCGACGGAGGAGUCCCCCAGCAGAUGCUAGUGGACGGCUCCGUCACGUCGACGGUCCUGGAGGGUCUGAGCCCGCUGACGGAAUACGAGCUGGGUGUCUACUCCUUGGUCGGAGACCAGACCAGCGAGCCCCUGCAGGGCCGCGAGACCACCUUGCCGCUGCCGGCCGUCACGUCCGUGAACGUAUACGACGAGACCAUGAGCACCAUGAGGGUUCGCUGGCAGCCGGUGGACGGAGCCAGCGGCUACGUCCUACUCUACCGAUCCAUUAACGGCACCGAGCCUCAGACUGACAAAGAGGUGCGCUUACCGGCCGGCGCCGGCGACACGCAACUGACCGGGCUGCUGCCCAACACGGCGUACGCGAUCUCCGUUUUGGCGCAACACGGCGAUGCGCUCAGCGAGCCGCUGAAGACCACCGGAGUCACGCUGCCCAUGCCACCUGCCGGCGCCUUGAGAGUCAGCGGCGUGACUCACAGCAGCAUGAAGCUCCAGUGGGACGCGGCACCCGGCGCGGUGCGCAAGUACUUGGUCAACUACAAGCCUGAGGACGGCGACGCCAAAGAGGUGGAAGUCCGUGGCGACGUGACCUCCCUGGACCUGACAGGCCUGAUCUCCCAGACGGAGUACGACGUGGCCGUGACCCCCGUGUACGACGAGGGUCCCGGGAACCCCAUGCCGGGAACGGGCGUUACCGAUGUGGUUCCCGCCCCGAAGAACCUGAAGUUCUCGGAGGUGGACAUGACCUCCUUCAGAGCCACCUGGGAACACGGGGCGCCCGACGUGGCGCUCUACCGCAUCGGCUGGGCCAAAAAAGGAUCGGCCGACUACCAAUAUUCCAUCUUGAACAACGACGAGACCUCGCAUCUCCUGGAGAACUUGGACCCGGACACAGAGUACACGGUCACCGUCACCGCCAUCUACCCGGAUGAGUCGGAAAGCGAAGACUUGAUGGGAAGCCAGCGAACGUUGUUGAAGGCUGUUGCGGUGCGACCGGAGCCUCCUCGCAACCUGCGAGUUUACAACGCCACCGUCAACAGCCUGGCGGUCAAGUGGGACCCGGCCCCCGGACCCGUUCAAAGCUACAAGAUCGUCUACUCGGCGCUGCCCGGAGGCGAGCCGCUGACGACGCAAGUGGGAGGCAAAAAGAGCAGCACGGUCCUGCAGAAGUUGACGCCUGACACGCCCUACCGGGUCAGCGUGACCGCCGUUUACGCCACCGGCCCCAGCGUAGACAUUUCGGCCGACGGCAAAACAAAACCUUUGGGCGGCGUGAGGAACCUUCAGGUGCUGAACCCGACCAUGACCACUCUCAACGUGCGCUGGGAGCCGGCCGAGGGCCGCGUCAAGGAGUACAAAGUCAUCUACGCGCCUGCCGCCGGAGGGGCCGAGAGCAUGGUAGGACUGGAGCAAGUAUCCGCCGGCACCAGCAGCACCAUCCUACGGGGCCUGCAGCCCGACACCCUCUACACCGUCUCUCUGGUGCCCGUCUACGCCGAGGGCGACGGCAAGAUCAUGUCUGAAAACGGAAAGACCAGGCCCCUGGGCGGCGUGAAGAACCUGCGGGUGACCGACCCCACUAUGACCUCGCUUAACGUCAAGUGGGACCCGGCCGACGGAGCCGUGCGCUUGUACAAAGUCUUCUUUGUGCCCGUCGCCGGCGGUCGCGAAGAGAUGGAGCAAGUCCCCGCCGCCACCACCGACAUCACCCUCAGGAACCUCCUGCCCGACACCGCCUACUCCGUGUCCGUGUUGCCCGUGUAUCCGGCCAGGGAGGGAAAACGCCAAACCGAGAGCGGGAAGACCCUACCUCUGGGCGGCGUGGGCACCAUGCAGGUGACCAACCCGACUUUCACCACGCUGACGGUCACCUGGAACCCCGCCGACGGCAACGUACAGGGCUACAAAGUCAUCUACAAGCCGGAAGAUGGCGGCCUGGAGAUUGUGGAGCAAGUGUCCGAAAGUACCACCAGCACCGUCCUGGAGAAGCUCCUCCCCGACACCCGAUACACCGUCACUGUGGUGCCCGUCUACGCCGAGGGUGACGGCCCCAGUCUCACCAACAGUGGCAAGACCAAGCCGCAGGGCACCGUCAGCAACCUUCAGGUGACAGAUCCCACCACCAGCAGCCUCAACGUGCGCUGGGAGCCGGCCGAGGGCAACGUACGCGAGUACAUCGUCAUCUGGGUGCCCGCCGCCGGCGGAGAGCAGGAAGUGGACCAGGUGUCCGGAACCACCACCUCCAAGGUGCUAAAGAACCUGCAGUCGGACACAGAGUACAGCGUCACCGUGGUUCCCGUCUAUGACGAGCUAGAAGGGCUGCCACAAACGGAAAACGGGAAAACCUAUCCGGUGGGAGGAGUCAAGAACUUGCAGGUGGUGGACCCCACCAUCAGCACCUUGACGGUUCGCUGGGAUCCGGCGGUGGGCAACGUGCGCGCCUACCGGGUCACCUACUCGGCGGAACCCGACGGAGAAUUACAAACGGAAGAGGUGUCCGGCGGCACCACCAGCGUCAUCUUGCGGAACCUCAACUCGGACACGGCGUACAACGUGGCCGUGGUUCCCAUCUACCCCGACGUGGAGGGCAUCUCGCAAUCCGACAAGGGCAAGACCAAGCCUCUGAGCGGUGUGAAGAACCUGCGCGUGAGCGACCCAACCACCAACUCGCUGCGAGUGCGCUGGGACGCGGCCGAGGGCGACGUGCGCAACUACAGGAUCGUUUACGAGCCCGCCGCCGGCGGAGAACAGCUCAUGAUUCAGGAAUCGGGCAUGGUGACCAACGCCAUGCUGAGGGAACUGCAGCCGGACACGGAGUACAAGGUGACGGUGAUUCCCAUCUACCCCGACGUGGAAGGAAAGAGCAUGUCGGAGAACGGCAAGACCAAGGCGCUUGGCGGAGUCAAGAAUCUCCAAGUGACCGAUCCCACCACCAGCACCCUCAAGGUCACCUGGGAGCCGGCCGAAGGAAAUGUGCGGCAGUACCGCCUCUUCUACGUGCCCGCGGCCGGCGGCGCGGAGGACAUGGAGCAGGUAUCGGGAGGAACCACCAGCACCGUCUUGAGGAACCUCCUCUCAGACACACCCUACACUGUCACCGUGGUGCCCGUGUACCCGGAGGGAGAAGGUCUACGCCAGUCGGAGCAGGGAAAAACACUUCCGCGCACGCCCCCGCGUAACGUCCAGGUUUUCAACCCCACCCCCAACAGCCUGAACGUGCGUUGGGAGCCGGCCACGGGACAGGUACAGCAGUACCGCGUCAUCUACGCCCCGUGGAACGCACCCUCGCAGAUCCAGUCGGUGCUGGUCCCCGGCAACGUCAACAACGCCUUCCUGGACGGCCUGAUCCCGGACACGCCCUACCGGGUCAGCGUGGCCGCCACGUACCCCGACGGAGAGGGGGUGUCGCUGAAGACCGACGGCAAAACGCUGCCCCGUGCCGGACCUCGCAACCUGCGCGUGUUCGAAGCCACCACCAACUCGCUCACCGUCGGGUGGGACCACGCCGAGGGACCCGUGAGACAGUAUCGCAUCGCCUACGCGCCCAUGACCGGAGACCCCAUCACCCAAUAUGCGGUGGUCCCGGGCAACAGGAACAACGCCCGUCUUCAGAACCUUUACCCCGACACGCCCUACAACAUCACGGUGGAGGCCGUCUACGCCGAGGGCCCCGGAGGACUCCUCAACGGAAAGGGACGCACGAUCGGCCUGCUGAGCCCGAGGAACCUGCGCGUGUCUGACGAGUGGUACACCCGAUUCCGAGUGGCCUGGGACCCCGUGGCGGCGCCCGUGGAAGGAUACCGAGUCAUAUACUGGCCUCGAGGCAGCAACGAGCAAGCCGUGGACUUCUUCGUGGGCGACGUGACGUCGUACACGCUACACAACCUCAAGCCCGGAACCACCUACGACGUCCAAGUCCUGGCGCAGUACAUCAACGGCGUCAGCGCCCCUCUCGCCGGACCGGGAACCACACUGUUCCUGAACGUGAGCAACAUCGAGACGUACAACGUGGCCCACGACAAGUUCUGCAUCAAGUGGAGCGCUCACCGAGCGGCUACGUCCUACCGCAUCCGCCUGGACCCGCUGGAACCGUCGAGCAGGGGUCAGCACGAGGUGACCAUCCCCGCCGGCGUACCGCAGUACUGCUUUGACGGCCUCUCGCCCGACGCCCCCUACCGGGCCACCGUCUACGUCCAGACGCCCAACCUGGAGGGACCCGGCGUCAGCGUCAAGGAGCGAACCCUUGUCAAGCCGACUCCCGCUCCGACGCUCCCGCCCACGCCCAGCCCGCCGCCCACCAUCCCCCCUUCUUGGCCAGUUUGCAAGGGAGCCAAAGCGGACGUGGUCUUCCUCAUCGACGGCUCCUGGAGUAUCGGCGAGGAGAGCUUCACCAAAGUUGUGCAUUUCGUCUCCGACAUGAUCGCGACUUUCGACGUCAUCGGACCUACCGGGAUGCAGGUGUCGUUUGUCCAGUACAGCGACGAUGCCAAAACUGAGUUCAAACUGAACUCGUACAGCGACAAAGGCGUGGCUGUGAUGGCACCUCAUCACAUCCGCUACAGAGGCGGGAACACCAAAACAGGUAUGGCUCUGAAGCACACGUACGAGAAGGCCUUCACGGUGGAGAACGGCAUGAGGAGGAACGUCCCUAAGGUGGUGGUGGUCAUCACCGACGGACGCUCGCAGGACGAAGUCAGGAAGAACGCCGCCAGGAUGCAACACGCGGGCUACACGGUGUUUGCGGUGGGCGUGGCCGACGUGGACUUUGCCGAGCUACAGGAGAUCGGCAGCAAGCCCAGCGAGAGGCACGUCUUCGUGGUGGACGACUUUGACGCCUUCGACACCAUCAAGGAGAACCUCAUCAACUUUAUCUGCGAGACGGCCACUUCCACGUGCCCGCUCAUCUUUGUCAACGGCUUCACGUCUCCCGGGUUCCGAAUGCUGGAAGCGUUCAACCUGACAGAGAGGACGUACGGCCAGGUCAGCGGCGUCUCCAUGGAGCCGGGCUCCUUCAACAGCUUCACAGCUUACCGACUGCACGCCAACGCCUACCUCACCAUGCCCAGCACCGAGGUGCACCCCGAGGGUCUCCCGCCCGUCUACACCAUCAUCCUGAUGCUCCGCCUCCUACCCGACACGCCCGCCGACGCCUUCGACGUGUGGCAGGUGGCCACGGCCGACCACAAACCGGAGACCGGUGUCACCGUCGACCCUUCCAAACAGACCGUGUCCUUCUACAACAAGGACGAGCGCGGCGAGAUCCAGCGCGUGACCUUCGACCAGCCUCCGGUCAAGCGGCUCUUCCACGGAAGCUUCCACAAGCUGCACAUCCUGGUGUCGCCCAAUGACGUCCAACUCAACGUGGACUGCCAACACGUGGCCCAACAGAGCUUCAAAGCGGCUGGCAACACUUCCAGGGACGGCUACCAAGUUUUGGGCAAAAUGGUCAAGUCGGUCGGUUCCAGAGGAGACUCUGCCAGUUUCCAGCUCCAGAUGUUCGAUAUUGUUUGCACUCUGGCCUGGACCAGCCGGGACCGCUGCUGCGACUUGCCCGCUCUGAGAGACGAGAGCAAAUGUCCGGCGCUGCCUAAUGCCUGCAAGUGCACCACCUCGGCCACUGGACCUCCUGGACCUCAGGGACCUGUGGGCGCCCCUGGAAAAAAAGGACCACGAGGAGAAAGAGGAGAGCUGGGUUCACCUGGACCCGCCGGCCCGCGGGGCGACCUGGGAGCCCCCGGACCCAUGGGCUUGCCCGGCCCACAAGGACCCAGCGGACGCUCCGUACCGGGAGAAGCGGGUCGCCCAGGACCCAAAGGAGAACCCGGUGAUUCUGGCCUACCGGGACUCAAAGGCUCCCCGGGACCUCGCGGACCAAUGGGACCCGUCGGACCCGCCGGCGUCAGGGGACCGCAAGGGAAGGACGGCCUGACCGGACCCCGAGGUCCCGCCGGGCCCAUGGGACCCCCCGGCUCUCCCGGAGCUCCUGGUCUGGAAGGAAAACCCGGGAACACCGGUCCCAAUGGAGCUCCCGGUUUGGUGGGACCAAAAGGCGACAAAGGAGAACGCGGUGACUUUGCGCCUCAGAAUAUGAUGCGCUCCAUCGCCAGGCAGGUGUGCGAGCAGCUGGUCAACGCUCAAAUGAACCGCGUCAACGGCCUCCUCAACCAGAUCCCCAGCGGCAUUCAGCGUAACAGCAACCCCGGGCCGCCGGGGCCCGCCGGACCCCCCGGCAGGCCGGGACCGCGCGGAGAGCCGGGCCCCACGGGCAGGAACGGCUUCCCCGGAAACCCGGGACUGCCGGGCCAGACCGGGGAGGCGGGACACGUCGGAGAGAAGGGCGAGCCCGGCCCGGCGGGAGUCGGGCAGAAGGGCCCCCGGGGACCCCCGGGUCCGCCAGGAGAGAGCAGGACGGGCCCCCCCGGGCCGACGGGCUCCACGGGAGCUCGCGGCCCGCCCGGGCGCCCCGGUUACGCUGGCGCACGCGGACCCCCAGGGGCGGCCGGCUAUUGCGACUCGUCCCAGUGCGUGGGAAUUCCCUACAACGGGCAAGGUUACGCAGGCCGCUUCCCGUCGACGGCCGGCAACUCCCCGGCGGCGACGACCCAAGAGGAAUCGUCUGCCGAGAGGCGACGUCGGAAGCGCUCGCUCACCGGGAACGCCUCCUCCUAG